AUGAAAACUACAGGUUGUGCUUUAAUCAAAGAUAUCAAUGAUAGCAAUGAUACAUUGCCAAUUGAGGCUUGGGUACUAAGAAAAUGGUUUGUCCUUGAGAAGGCUCCUCCACAGGCAAUAUGGAAGGUCGGGAUGAUUCUUGUCAAUGGGCAGGGUUCAAGAAUUAAGGGGUAUGUCACCCAGAGAAAUCUAAUCCAGCGUUAUGAAACGUUUCCAGUGGAAGGAGUUGUCUAUCACUUUGAAAAUUUUAAGGUGCUUGAAAAUACUAAUUACUACAAAGUAACUGCGCACCCGUACAAAUUGAGCUUCCACAAUAGCACAUACUGCAAGGAAUGUGAUGCUCAGAUCCCAUCGAAUGCAUUUAACUUUGUACCUUUAAGGGAUAUUGCUAACUACAAGGCUUCAAAUCCAGAAUUAAUAGAUGUUAUAGGAUUUCUGAAUUCAUUCGGGAAUCUUUAUGAUCAAAGACGUGAAUAUGAUGUGGUCAAGAGGUUGAACUUCACAAUUUCGGACAAGGAGAAAAAUGAUGUCUGUGUAGUACUCUUUGGCAAUUGUGCAAGUGUGACAUUCAAUAGUAGAACGCACGAUUUGAAAUCUCCCAUAGUUGUUCUAGUCUGCUUUGCAAAAAUUAAUUUUACCACAGGAUAUGGCCACAUAAGCAAUGUCUUUGACGCCAUUAAAGUGAUUUUUAACCCGGACAUUCCUGAGGCCAAGAUUCUUAUCAACAGUCUCAAUAGUGACCCAACCAAAAUUGGGAUGUUCCUUCUAAUUACAAGAAAUGGAUAUCGUCACAAAGGUCACCAUACAAAAGGUGGAACAGCAUAUGGUUGGAAAUACGACGGAUGCAAGUGUGAUGCUAAGCCCCAACAAGAUAAGGAAAAGCUUUUUUGCAAAAAGCGUUGUCAAGCCAUAAAUGAGACACACCCCAAAUUCAAGGUUCAUUAUAAGGUGUAUGAUUCCAACAGAAAGUGUUCAGUUAUUUUUUUCAAUCGCCUUGCUAAAGAACUUCUUGGAACCACCACUGAAAUUCAGGCCAAGAAAUUGGAGAAGGAGACCACAUUUUCAUUUCCAAAGGACUUGGAGAAUUGUGUUGGGAAAGAGUUAGUGGUAAGACUGAAGGGCUCAAGUGAUGAACCAAAGAAGGUCAAAUAUUCAAAAGAAACAUCUACUGAGGAGAACAGAUUGAACAAAGACAGUGCUCGGGCUUCUGCACCAAGAAACCUGACAAUAGAUAUGGAUCAAGAUCGAAUAGAAGAAGUGGAAGCACCUAAUCUUUCUGCACCAACAGUAGCAUCUAGACGGGGAUGCAAGAAAUUAAAGAAGGAAGAAUAA